UGAAUGUAUUUUUAAACAUCAUACCAUAUUUUUUGUACCGUGCAUGAUACCAUGGUUUAUUAAUUUUUUCAAGAAUUAUAUGAAAGUAAUGAUAUGUAAAUAACAGUUGUAACAAAAUUAAAAAUCUCUUUACUCUACUAACUAUCGCCAUUGAAAUCAUCCACUGAACAAUUUAACAUUAUGGUAGCGUUCUCAUAGAAAAAAAUGGCAUGCGACAAUAAAAGGGACCAACCAACAUAAACUUGUCUCAUCCUCCUUAAUGUAAAUAGUAACCUUGUCCAAAGUGGGAGAAAGUAAAUAUACAAGUUCAUACUUGUUUUGUUAAAUAAUUAUACGGACACCAAUGAAUUAGAGAAGUGUAGUUAUUACAAUGUUUAACUACACAUGUAGAAUUGUUAAUUAAUUUUUCAUUCAGUUAGAAUAAUAUUAAAAAGAAAGUCAUGUAAACUAUUGGUUCUCCCACUAUAAUAUAAUAACAAAGUUUAUGUUAAAUGCUUAUUAAAAUUAGACAUUGGGUGACAAUUCGUGAUAAUUACAAUGACGACCGAGAAACAGCGUCAAAGAUUAGAAAAAAAAAAAAAAAAAGCUGCUGCUUUUUUAGAGAUCGCAAAACUCAAUGAUAAGGAUAAAGCUAAAGCUCUGGAGCUUAAAAAAUCUGCCGAGUCGUGUAAUUUAAACAAUGAAGAAGAAAUGUCUGCCCAGAGCCCAAGAAGAAAACGAACUUGCAGUGAAUCCCUGGAUGAAAAAACUUGCGAAAUUACCAGCGAAAAAAAUUCCGACGGUCAACAAGAUGCAGAAGCUCAAGUUAACAAGAAGCCUCGUUUGAUUGGCGAAGAAUACCAGAAACUGAAGCAGCAGCUACGAGAGCGAAAAAAACUCUUGACAUCAAAACCACGUUUUCGUCUGAAAGGCGCUGGCGAAAACGCAAGUCUGACUGUAAACAUCGAUCCCAGAGAUCGUGUUCCCAUUUUCCUCUCAGACAUCCAACAUCUUCUGAUGUAUUCUUUGGUCGGCAAUGGGUCGCCGUAUUUACCAUCCAGAUGGUGUCAUUUAGAAAAAUACAACAAACUUUCGCACACUGUCGUGUUUGUCGUCGAGGGUCUCACUAUGUAUCACUUCAGCUCAUACGAGUCGCUGUUUCCCAACAUAAAAAAUCUUCUAGAGCAUCGUCUGGAAGUGGUGACCCCGGCAACAAUCGACGGGUCAGUAGUCGAGCAAUUAGCAGCCGUUCCAUUGACAUCUUCAGAGCGCAAAAAGUUGAUAGACAAGUACGGAUCUCUUCCAGAGGCAGAGAAAAAGGCGGGAGACAUUGUCAAGUUACUCAGAUAUGUCUUUCCCAUGCAGCAACACGUAAAGCAAAAUGAUUCUGUUCCAACUGAUCCUUGUCCUGAGUUACCGCCUAGUGAUAAAUUUCCCCGUACGCAAUUACUUUUAUCACUGAGCCAACUUAUAGAUGAAAAUUGUCCUGUCCGAUGGCCUGGUGCUUUAGCUUCAAAAUAUAGAAAUUAUAUUUUUACAAAAGAUGUUUAUCUAGAAGUAACUCCCAAGUCGCCGAUGUUUGGACUUGAUUGCGAAAUGUGUCUGACAACAAAUGGAUCCGAACUCGCGAGAAUUUGCAUCGUCAAUGAGGACAUGGAUGUUGUUUAUGAAACUCUGGUGAAGCCGGAAAAUAAAAUAACAAAUUAUUUAACUGAGUACAGUGGAAUAACAGAAAAACUACUGGAUAACGUCACGACAAAGCUGUCAGAUGUCCAGGAGAAAAUCAGAGAAUUAUUACCACCGGAUGCUAUUCUCGUAGGGCAAAGUCUGUACGCUGAUCUCCAUGCUCUGCAGAUGUUGCAUCCUUAUAUUAUUGACACGUCAGUUAUUUAUAAUAUCACGGGUGACAGAUACAGAAAAUCAAAAUUACAAGUUUUAGCGCGGGAAUUUUUGGAUGAAAGAAUUCAAGAACAUAAAGGCGGUCAUUGUCCGACAGAGGAUGCGCGCGCGUCACUGAAAUUAGCUAAAUUAAAAUUAGCUAAUAGUCUUAAUUUUGGAGACGCUGUUCUGAUUGGCCAGCAAAAUUUAGAGGAAAUAUUUAUAAAAAGAAAAUUGGGAAGCGAGAAAUUGCGCGACGAUCACAGUUUUGGUGUCACGAUUUUCAAACAUAUUGUUAAGGAUAAAAAAACAAUAUCGAUAGUGGGUACCAAUGAAGUAUUGAAUGAGUACUCAAAAUACCUGAAGACAUCUUCCCUGUCUGUUAUGGACGAUGCCAAUUUUGAUAAAGACGACCAGGUCAGACUAGUCGCGGGAAAUUCAAAUAAACAAGUAGUUACUCGCGCCAGUGAAAUAGUAAUGGAGCACGCGCUGACAAUUUGUCACAUUAAAUUUAGCGAGGAAAAGGUAUCAGAUAAAAAUAUAGAAAAAACUUGUCGGAGUGUAAAUAAGUGGGUCCAUAAAAUAUGGCAGCAAAUGGCAAUCAAUGGAUUUGCUUGCGUUAUUUUCGGGGGAGAGAAAAAUGCAAAUGGCGCGUGUUUUUUAAAUUUGAAAAAAGAUGUAACGCCAUUACAAAUAUAAUUUAUUCUCUACUAUUGAAACAUCUUGCUCAGGCUGACAUGAAUCUCGAACGCGAAGAGAUAUCGAGGUCGACUACCAACUGACGCGCCUCAUAUUUUUUUAUUCAUAUUUUCCUGCGCUAUGUACAAACGAAUCGUUUGUUGUCAAUAAACAUUUUAUACUUGACUUAUUUUAUUUUUCUUGCUGUCAGAUACAUGUCAUUGUUAUUGUUUAUGUUUUUGCAUAUUUAUACAAUUGCAUUUAAUAUUUUAUAUUAUUUAUCAUAUACUUUAAUUAUCGAUUAUGAAUUAUGGAUUAAAUCGUACGAUUUAUGAUUUUGUUUAAAGAAAACAAAUUAUUGUUUGUAACUUUUAGUAAUUCAAGUUCAUGCGGGCUCUGGAGCCUGCAAUUGCUCAGUAAUUUUUGAAUUUGAUUUUUUAUCCUGAAGUUAGCAGGCAAUUAAAAAUUGCCGGAUUCUUUUUUUAAAUUAAUUAAAAGAAAAACUAAAAAUAUGCACGUGUAGAAAAUUUAAAAAACUACAAGCGCAAUUUUUUUUUUUAUAAUUUAUCGUUGGGAAAAAAUUCAAAAAUUAUUCGACCUCGGCUAACUUCAGGAUCGUAAUUUUUCCCGCUUUGGAGCGGCGAGUGUGUGAGUGGGGGUAAUAAGUAAGCGUUAGAAAUUACCUAGUUCAAGGUCAUCGAUGAUGAAAAUGUUUAUUGUUAAAUGAAAAUAAAUAUAAUAAUUAUAAGUAAAUUAAUGAUAUGUUUAAUUGUAAGAAUUAUUUAGUAUUAAGAGCUCCGAAUUAUUAUAAUAAUUGUUUUUUUUUUUUAAUUUAUUUAUUUAUUUACGCUAAUCCACUAUCUAUGAAUGAGUUUUAUAAAGGAUGAAAGAGAGAUAAUUAUAGAAAAUUUACAGUUUAAGCGAUAGAUUGUAAGAUAGAUACUUACCCUGCUUAAAAAAUCUAAUAGAUUCUUGUAGCUGUAUAAGGUCUAUAUUUGACUAUAGCAGUUGUUAUAAAACUCAUUCAUCCUUAUAAAAUCUCUAUGGGAAUUUAUGAAAAUCUAUUGGAGACUAUAAGAUAUUUUGAACAGGGUAAUGACAGUAGAUUGCAAAUAAGGAUUUCAUGAUUGUAAUCCAGUACCAGUUUUCUAACAACCGUACAAAAAGAUGAGUGGCAGUAAAAAAAAUUUGUAAAAAUUAACACAAAACUGAGUGUUAAAACAACAUUAUACAAAAAAUUUUGUGUUGUAACAUUUUUCAUGUGUGUUAAAAAAAUAUCACAAAAAAAUGUUAUUCUCUGUUACCGGUUCUGAAAUUUUUACACAUUAAAAUGUUAUCUGCAACAUACGUAAAGUGUUAAUUUAACAUUUUUAUUUGUGUUAUUUCGAUACUCAUAGAAAUUUAUGUUGAGCUUAACAAGUGACUACGGUAAAUUUAACACAUUCGUUGUGUUACUUUAAUGAAUUAACACACGCUCUAUGUUAAAGUUACAUUUUAAAAGUGUUAACACUUGUUUGGAAAGUAACACUGAGUAAAUGUUACUUUUGUUUCAAUUAACAUUUUUUUGUGUUAAAAAUGAACUGAUAAAACAACACAAAAGCAGUGUGAAAUUAACACACGAAAAUGUUAAAUGUUUAACAUAAAAUUUUUAACACACUUUUUUCUUUACACAAAUCUGAAAAUUGUUUACAGUGCAAUUGUUUAGUUUUAGUUUAAUUCAUUAACAAUUAUGCCAAGGCUAAUGCCAAAUGGCAAAGAGAAAAUAUACAUAAGAAUUUUUACAUUAUUGUGCAGUUUAAACUACAUACAUUUGAAGUGUUUUGCAUAAAAAUAUUUUAAGGAUAGAUAAAAUUGAAUCUAUAUAAAAUUAUAAAUGAAUAUAAUAAUUGAAUUUAUAAAGAAUUAACUGUUAAAUUUAAGAGUCAUUGAGAUAACGGUAAAAAACAAAAAAGGAGGGAAUUAUAAAGAAUCUACAUCGUGUAAGUUCGCUAAGAAUUUAAAGACUAACAAUAAAAAUACGAGAAUUGACUAAUAGUUGAGGAUUAAACAUCAAGAUUUAAUAAAUAAUCAAACAUCUUGUUUUUGAAAACUUCCAAGCUAGACGAAUUUAUAAUAUCCUUCGGUAAUUCUUACAAUAGACGUAUCGCUGUAACAACGAAGGAAGAUUCAUAUUGAGUUGUACUGGAAUUCGGAAAUUUAAAGAGGAUGUUAUUUUUCUUGUUGUAUGUUAAUUGUAUGUUAAUCUAACACACAAAAUUUUUUACACACUUUCUUUACACAAUACGAAAAAUUUUUGACUGUGCAGUCUAAGAAGUUUACGCCUGAACAAAUCGCACACUGAGAAAAUAAAAUAAUAUUGCCCAAACAAGAAUUUCUUGGUUCAAGAAACCCGUUCAAAAUAUUUAUUCUAUUAUUAUUAAUUAUCAAUUUCUUGAGAAAAAAGCAUCAAAUUUAUUUUUCUUAUUAUAUGAAUUUGAUAUUAUAUUAUGAGUAAACAAAAGAAUAGCUUUACUUGAAUUAAAUAAAAAUUAUUUCCAUCAAUUCUACGAAUUCUUGAAACAAAAUUACAUAUUCUCGAAAAAUAUAUGUUCUUGUAUCAAGUAAAUAUUCUUCAUAAAAGUAUUUUUUUUCUCAGUGCAUUGACUAAAUUUUUUGGAGUAAAAAAUUUUAAUUUUUUUGGAGUAAAAGUGUUAAUUUCUUGUGCUUAUUCAUUUUAAUGUAAAUAUUUCGAAUAUUAUUGUUAAAAUUAACUUAUUUUACAUAAAUUUGUGGAUAAAUUCAAUGAAAAUAUUGAAUUUUAUAGACAGAUUUCGGAGUUGUUUAUUACGAACACGUGUUGUUGGACACGUGCCUGCCCGGCUAGCUCAGUCGGUAGAGCAUGAGACUCUUAAUCUCAGGGUCGUGGGUUCGAGCCCCACGUUGGGCGCAAUUUUUUUAUUUUUUGCACUUACAAAUCGUCAAUGUUGCAUGACAUAACCAGCACUUAUUAAUUUUGAUUUAUAGCAUUGGAAAAAGCCAUAAAAUGCAUUUUUUUGCAUUGAAGCUAUGCCUUUUUUUCCAUUCACAGGCAAUAUAAUUAUAAUUACAUGUAAAACAAGUAAAUAAUGUAAUUCAAAACAUGAUUAGACAUCUGUAAAUAUAAUAGAGACAAUAUAACUUGAGUUAAUCUUUA